GUGGAGGUGGUCCUUCUCCAGGCAUAACAAGCGGCCCAAUCUCCUUCCGCUUCAGACUCUCAGCGCGUUACAGUCACGCGAAUCGUGUUUUUUGAAGCGGUGCUACUGUUACAUCUGACGCGCCGACAGGCAUCGCGUUGACGCCAAUCGUUGACCAUCGUGGACGCCAUCACUUGCCUCCACUGAUACUCGUAGUAGGAUUCCUCUUAGGCCCUUAGGGGAUUCCUUUCAUAUUUUCAGCACACGGUGCGAGAAAAGUUGGAGUCUCUGACCAUCGCCAGCCACAGCCUCUUCACAUAGCUACACUAACUCUUCGAUACAUUCCAGGUCACCACAGCCUUUUCCAAAACGCUGGCCGGCCGCCGUCAAGUCGGCUUCUAGUUAAAAACUGCUGCGGUCCUUAUCGCCGCAGGCUCCCACCUCUGCUCGUCCAGACGAACUGAGUCCACCAGCCGUGCAUUCAGGCUCCUUGAAAACUCAAACCUCUCAUUCCAGUCACAGAAGGGAUCAUUUUUUAGGCGCCUCAAAAUUAGACUCCAGUCACAGAAGAAAGCGCCAUAGGGUCUACGCGGCUGCCCAAUCUCAUCCCCUAACUUGACCCUACACAUCACCUCGCAGAUACGGUGGCCGUUAGGAGCGCCAUGAUGAUAGGCCGCACGCGAGCUAUCCCCGCUGUGGCAGCUCCGCUCUUAGGUCUGGUACUACUAAUUAGCAGCUGCUUCUGCCGGCCGUGCGACGCGCUGCCGGUGCAGUACCUGCGGCUCGGCUUUAUUCUCCCGAGCCCCGAAGUGAACAUCGGCAUCACGAAGCGCCUCGCGGACGAGUGGAUGUCCGCUACAAGAGUGGCGUUGAACGUGCUCGGGCCCCGUUAUAAGUCGACUUUCAACGUGCUGCCGGUGGUAGAGGUGGUGCCGUGCAAUAGCGAGGACGCCGCAGUGGCUGCAGAGCGCCUUGACCUGAUGAACGUGGUGGGAGUGGUGGGCCCGGCAUGCUCGGAGGCAGUGAGAGGGGCAAACUCCGUGCUGCAGCCCAAGGGCAUUCCCUACGUGUCCUUUGCUGCCACUGCUGACGUGUUCAACACGCCGGAUUAUAAUACAUUCUUCAGAACAGUCUUCGCUGACAAGCAUCAGGCCAGGGAGAUAGCAGCUCUAGUCAAGUUCCUCCAAUUCGAGGAGGUUCACUUGUUCUACUCCAACGAGACCUACGGCUCCGCUCUAGCCACCAGAAUCCAAGCUGAGCUGGACGGCAGCCUCAUCCCGGUCAGCACGAUCCCAGUCAGCUACCCCGUGGACGAGUUUGCGCCGCUCUUUGCUGACGUGGCGGUCGGGGAGAGGUCCAUCUGCGUGCUCGCCGCUCUGCCAGCUGUCGCCGAGGGGUUCUGGCGGGCGGCGGUUAGAGAGAACUUCACUCGUUAUCCCUGGUGGUACCUUGGAACCGAUGGUGUGGCUGCUCUUGACUUUGUGGACCAAUCUGGUGAGAGGCUUGGAACACUGUCCCGGUCGCUGCAAGGGGAGAUUGCGGUUGGUCCCAACAUGCCCUUGGAGAGCCCCAACCUGCGCCCAUUCACGGACUACUGGAAGCAGCAGGCAGCAGACGACUUUGUAGGGCUGAUCAACGCGCAAACCACACCAAAGUACAACGAGACACGCCUAUACGUGGCGCAUCUGAUCGACUCCAUCUGGGCGUUCUUCGAGGCGUUUCAGAACAUCAUAGCCGUCCAAAACCAGGUGGUAACCGCGCAAGCCGUGCUGGACUGCUUCCGUAACAAGCCGGCCAAUUGCGUGCGGUUUGAGGGAGCGUCGGGGACAGUGGCUUUCAAUACUGUCACGGGGGAGAGGUUGAAGCUGGAUGGAGUGCCUGCGUACAGCCUCUACAACCUCAUUGGGAAGACGUGGAAGGAGAAGCCAAAUUGGGUGUUGAACGGCUCUGACGGUGUCAACCUGAAGGAUCCAAGGGACUUUGUCACCCGGCCCGGCCCUCUGCCUGCUGGCUCCCUGCUGCCACUGCAGCACCAGAUUGUGGCACCAUGAUGAUUCGGAUGCGAUUCAAACUACCGCCGGAUUGCGGCGCUACGAUAUAGAUUUCCGUCCUAUCGACCACCUUAGUGGUAAACCAUUCCACAUACCGUGAUGAUCUGGACAUAUACAUACCAGGGACCAUCGCGACGCAUGCUGUACACUGCCGUGUCGAGAGACCCGCUGGGGUUGCCCUUGAGAGAUCCUCGGGGAAGGGUUACAGGCCUCUCUGCCUGGGUGGUUGUGGGCACAUUAACCCGCUACGUAACACGCCCUUUUAAUUCAAUGGUUAGUGACUGAGUUCUGACAUGGUAUCAGAGCAUGGGUGAUUCGAGUUCAAAAUUCCCAAUGCUAGCGCUGCAGAGGUGCUUGUGUCCUCCGCCUAUCCCAGCGAGGGGGGGUGUCGAGAGACCCGUUGGGGUUACCCUUGAGAGAUCCUCGGGGAAGGGCUACAGGCCUCUUUGCUUGGGGGGUUGUGGGCGCACUAAUCCGCUAUGUAACACGCCCUUUUAACUGAGUGGUUAGUGACUGAGUUCUGACAUGCCGUACCUGGUUGGGAUCCAACGGUCGUUGUAGUUGCC